CAUUACUCACCAUGCACACUUCCUGAAAGCUUUCCACAUGUGAGAAUAUCUGACUUCCACAAACGUGUCGCGUUAAAUUACUUCUGGUGAUAACAAUGGAGUCAAACUAUUCUACGUGCGGAAAGGUUAAUUUUGAUUUUACACACAGAUUCUUACCCACAGUGUACGUUGCCGUUUUCACACUUGGACUACUUGGCAACUGUUUUGGUCUGAAAUCUGUGUAUCAGAACUGGCAAAAAAUGGGUAACGUAAAUAUCUUUGUCCUCAACCUGUGUCUGGCUGACCUUUUAUACAUUUUGACUUUGCCUUUCCUGGUGUUUUACUAUGCAUCGAACAGUCAAUGGACAUUUGGACAUGUUUUCUGCAAGAUCGUGAGGUUCUGUUUCUGUAUGAACCUUUACGGCAGUAUUGGUUUCCUCACGUGCAUCAGCGUUUACAGAUAUCUGGGCAUCGUUCACACUUUAAGAGUCAAGGGAAGAAUAACAGCGAGACAUUCAGUGAUGAUUGCUUCGCUGGUUUGGCUUUUGGUCUUUUUUCAAUGUCUGCCUGAUUUGUUCUUUAUAAAAACCGACAACAGCAACACGAGUUGCUUUGACACUACUUCAGACGCCUAUAUUAAAGAUUACCUAAAGUACAGCAUCGGAAGGACGGUUUUUGGAUUUGGGAUUCCUUUAUUAAUAAUGCUGUGCUGCUAUGGACAUGUGGCUUUUACUCUAAUGACAAAGAAAGAAACGGAUGUCAUUUUGAAGCUGAGAUGUCUUAGACUGGUCGUGGUCUUGACACUGCUGUUCUCUAUUUGUUUCAUUCCUUAUCAUAUUUUCAGAAACUUCAACCUGGUAACUCGAAUCUACAAGUUACUGGGCAAAUGUCACAAAUGGUAUUCCAGUAUUUACAUUGCCAACCAGAUUGGAAAUGGACUGGCAUGCAUGAACAGUGCCAUAAACCCACUGGUUUACCUCUUCAACAGUGAUGAACUGCUUAUGAACUGCUGCAUGCGGCAUAAACGGAGCCUGGCAAACUGGAGGAAUUCAAGAACAUAAUUAAGGAAGAUGAGUGCAUCACCAUCUGAUGAAUGGAUUCUUUCUGUCAUAACUUCAGUUUUUCUUGCCUUGAAGUCAUGUCUGCUUAUCCUGUCUACGAUCAGUGAAUGAAACUGAUUGAAACAGAUUAUUAUCGCAUUUAUUUUGGUUGUAUUUGUAAUUCACUGUUCCACAUUAGAUACCGUCACUGUGCAUCAUUUGCAUCGUGUGACAGGAAAUGUGCUUGUAACGGUUUGUGUUUCCUGAGAACAGCCUAGGUGUAGCUCAAGCUGUGCCUCAAAUACUGGAAAACAGGGGCACUGUCUAAUUUUGUGUCAAAUGAAAAUAAAUCUCUUCUUUCCUAAGAAAUAAAAAGUAAACCUGGGAAUAAAUACUCAUCCAAAUGUAACAAACUAAAAUAAACUUGAAGUCUACAAAGGAUAAAAAAAAAACUGAAAAGAAUUCUUGACUUUAAAAACAAGUUGAAUGUACCAUAAACUUAACCAUGUUUUUUCUAGUAAAAAAUUUACCCAUAGUUUUUUGUAACUAUUGUAUGGCUACUGUAGAAUUAUGGUUCAUGGAUUAACUAUAGUAACCAUUUUUAUGUGUAUUUUCUGUUU